CGGGGCCGGCCGGCCGCGGCGCUCGGUGCCGGCCGGGCGCGCAGGGGGCGGGGGCCGCGGCUCGCCCCCCGCCGAUGAGCCGCGGCGGAGCGCGGAGCGCGGGCGGACGAUGGAACUCCACAUCCUGGAGCACCGGCUGCAAGUUGCCAGCGUCGCCAAGGAGAGCAUCCCGCUCUUCACCUACGGCCUCAUCAAACUUGCCUUCCUGUCCUCCAAGACCAGGUGCAAGUUCUUCAGUCUGACUGAGACGCCGGAGGACUACACCAUCAUUGUUGACGAGGAGGGGUUCCUGGAGCUGCCCUCUUCGGAGCACCUGAGCGUGGCGGACGCCACCUGGCUGGCCUUGAACGUGGUGUCGGGCGGGGGCAGCUUCUCCAGCUCGCAGCCCAUCGGCGUCACCAAGAUCGCCAAGUCGGUCAUCGCCCCGCUGGCGGACCAGAACAUCUCCGUGUUCAUGCUCUCCACCUACCAGACGGACUUCAUCCUGGUGCGUGAGCGGGACCUGCCCUUCGUCACCCACACCUUGUCAUCGGAGUUCACCAUCCUGCGGGUCGUCAACGGCGAGACGGUAGCUGCCGAGAACCUUGGCAUCACCAAUGGCUUCGUGAAGCCCAAGAUGGUCCAGAGACCUGUCAUCCACCCUCUGUCCAGCCCGAGCAACAGGUUCUGUGUCACCAGCCUGGACCCUGACACGCUGCCUGCGGUCGCCACACUUCUCAUGGACGUCAUGUUCUACUCCAAUGGAGUGAAGGACCCCAUGGCUGCCGGGGAGGACUGUGGCCACAUCCGUUUCUUCUCCUUCUCCCUCAUUGAGGGCUACAUCUCCCUGGUGAUGGACGUGCAGACCCAGCAGAGGUUCCCUAGUAACCUGUUGUUCACGAGCGCGUCUGGAGAGCUCUGGAAGAUGGUGCGGAUCGGAGGACAGCCCCUGGGAUUUGAUGAGUGUGGCAUCGUGGCGCAGAUCUCCGAGCCCCUGGCCGCCGCAGACAUCCCCGCCUACUACAUCAGUACCUUCAAGUUCGACCACGCGCUGGUGCCGGAGGAGAACAUCAGCGCCGUCAUCAGCGCCCUGAAAGUCAGCCAAGCAGAGAAGCACUAGGGGGGCUCCUCCCUCCUCCCUGUCCGCCCCCCAGGCCUGGGCCCGGCCCUCACCCUGAAGAUUCUUCUCGCAGUAUUUCUCAGACUGGAAAAUCGGCCCCAGGGACCCCCAAGAAGGGGCCUCUGGGAGACGCCCCCGAUCGCUUCCCCUGCCAGGCCUGGGGCGCCCAAGCCAAGGCCUCCCCGUGCCCUCCCUGGAGCCCCCAGACCCUCCAGAGAGCCCCUAGUCUCCUCCUCCCCCCGACUCCUCCUCCAGAAAAUGAGGUCCGAGGCCCAGGGAGCUCGCGAGCCCACCCACCUUCCCCCCUGGCCUCGCCCGCAGCGGGGGGCGAAUGCUGAAGGAAGCAGGGCCCUCCUACGAGACGAGGGGGUUCCGGUUCUCAUGUCAUCUAGGGGAGCUGGCCGAGCAGUGCUGAGUUCAUGGAGCCCAGGGAGGCCCCCGUGAGGACCUGGGCUGGAUGUUGUGGUCGCUGGUCUCUGGUUCCAUCAGCUCCGGGCUGGUUCCCGCAGAGUGGAGGCCAGUGGGCGGCCCCUGGGUCGCGUGCUGGGGCAGCUGGGACAAGCGUGGGUGGGCCCCGAGCUGGGGAGGACCCGCGCCGCCCAGAAUCUUGCCUGCCGUGCACAGGGUCUGUGCUCCAACUCCCAGCAAGACUGCCAAGGGGGCCCUGAACAGACCCUCCCCACGGUAAGCGCUCGCUCCGGGGGGCGGUUCCCGGGAGACCCACCAGCCUGGGGCAUGGGCGCCCGUCCCCUCUUGCUUUUCCCUGGACCCUACCUGGGCAGGCAGAGCCUCGGUUUCCCCCAAGUGGGGGCAUCCCCAGCAUUCUGGACCUGGGGUUUCUUGGGUCACCCCCACUCCCCAGCAGUUGACUAGACCAGCACAGGCCUCCCCUGAUAUCCUGUCCCCUCCCCCGCCCCACUUCUGGGGGAUGCGGAAGGCCCCUGCCCCCGACUCGCCUGUCUGCCCGCCCCUCAGCUGGGGACUGUGGCAUUUAUGAGUACUUGACCUGGGGGGGCAGCUUAUCUGAGCCUUAACAGAGAAAACUGUACCGUACGUUUUAGUUUCUUAUUUAAUAUAUUUGCGCCCAGGCUGCGGUUGGCGGCAGUUUUCGGGGGAUGGGGCCUGCUCAGUUCCGUCAGGGGGCCCAGGGGCUCGGCAUCACUCAGCUGGCGCCCAAGCAGGAGAAUCGGGGGGUGUCCCAGGAGUGUGGGCCUCUCUUUGGAGCAGGAAGUGGGCCACAGAGUCUGUUGCAAGGCAGGGGUCCCCCCCAGGGCAGCCCCACUGACGGCACCCAGGGCGCCGUGGUCUGUGUGAACAUCAGAGGGGACCCAGAGGCCACGGGGCGGUGGCAGCCAGGUGGCAGGCCAGCUGAGGCGGGCUUGUACCCCUGCGAGGCUGACCCGGGAACAUCGGGUGAGCCCCCGCGCCUCCCCUCCCGCCGGGGGUGCUUCCCACGCGAGCUGGACCAGAGGGUCCUUGAGGCCCGUGUUCUUCCUGGUGUUCUCAGACAGCGCGGCUGAACCGCCGUUCCCGAGAAGCUCAGAGGAGAAAGGACAGUCCCUUAGGCGAAGGGCUUGUGCGAGCCCCAGUCCCCCUACUCCCAGCGUGAAGAAGACCUCUGAGCCCCGGCAGCCCACCACGAAAGAGCCGUGGGUCUGGAUCCUGGACGCGCUCAGGGCCCAAGCACUGAUUAGGAACCCUCUUCUUCUUUUUUCUUUUUUUAAGUUAAUUCAUUUUGCACAAAACUCGAAAACAACCAAAACGUGUCCACUGUUUGCUGGCUCCAAACCGGGGGGUGGUCGCGUGGGCAGGGAGAGACCCUCGGGGCCCCCUCUCUCUCCUUGGAAGGCCUCAGUGUUCCGUGGCCCGUCCUUCCAGACUCCCGUCGGGUCUCCUGAUGGUGUCCGCUCUCUGCCGUCCCUCCCUGCCCAGCAAGUGUGUCGGCGCCGUGACCCCAGAAGCGUGUGCUGCCCAGACCCCCCCGAGAACGUAUCGAUUGUACACACCUAUAAAUACUUGUGUUUUAUGUCGAUAUAGAUAUAUACUGUAAAUAGCACAUAUACUUGAGCAAUAUAUGUUAAUAUAUGCUGUGGGCACGCACAUGCGUGUGCGCACGGUGCGCGGACGCCGACCCCGCUGUGUGCGCGCGUGUGCGGGCGCCGGGGCCUCCGCCCGCCGUGUCCCCGCCGCACGCGGGCACAUUUCGAGCCACCGUGUGUUUUUCAAUCCAGUUACGCAGGCAAUACGUUAGCGGAGAAGCCGGGGCUUGAGAGCAAAACCAAACCAGCAGCCCAAGAGCGGAGCUCCCAGGGCCCGCCCCCCCAGUCCCCCCCGAAAGCUGGAUUCCGUGCCAUCCUGCACCCCCAUUUCCAUGGCCGGGGCCCCGGAUACCCCUGUUUGGUCUGGGGGACCCUGGUACGGAGGGAGGAGAAAGGCCGUCUUCCCAUCGCCCUGAGCCUGAAGACCUGGGCGGUGGGGGGGUCCCGGGGGUUCCGACCCAGCCCUCCACCCGGGGUCCCCCCGCCUUCAACCUGGCUAUUCCUGUGACGUUUCACCCGCAAGCUCAGAUACCUCAGGCUCUUCUCUCAGGCCUCCUCCUGCAGACGAGCCCCGUCUAGCCAGGAAAAGGACCGAUGUCGGUGACCUUGUGCCCAGGAGGGGCUGGGGAGGCCUGGGCAGGAGCAGCCGCCCGGACCUUCCCCUCCCGCUGUCUGCGUGACCGUGAGGAGCACAGUCACAGGGACUUGGUCUCCAAAGGUCGGCGGGGGGAUGGAGAAUGCCCCCCAGUUUGCAUUGUGGGGGGGGGUCUCCAGACCCGCAGGGCCAAAGCUGUCCUGGCUCUGGGUGGAGGGCACGUGGCAGGGGCAGGGAGAUGGGCUCCUGAGCAAGGCUGCCGAGAGGUGGGGUGGGCUCUGGGCGUGUGUGGCUUUGUCUCUGUGUCCCAUGCCAGCCGAAGGCCACCCCUGCCCAUCGCCUGCUCCAUCCCUGCACACUACAGAGAGGAGGUGGGGAGGGGGAGGCGUGACCACCCCCUUCUCUCUCUCAACCCCAGUUAUAAAAAUCUGUCUCUGAGGUUCAGCCCUCAGCAUGGGCUCCUCCGGUUCCCAAGAAACCCCUUCUUCCCUCUGCCCCCGCCGGGGGCGCGACCGGGCAGAGUUGGGCGGGGCCAGCCCUGCGCCUUCUUUGGGGUGGGGGAGGGUCUCCAAAGCCCAGAGCACACAUCCAAGCUAGAGAGGUGUGCGGACUUCCCCACCCCGGGACCCGGGGGUCCCGAGUCUCCCAACCACCAGCAUUCUACCUGCUCCACCAACUGCAGGCCACGGGCCCCUGCUGGGACCCACAGCCGCCAGCCGUGGCCUCCCCCACUGGGCAGCAUGGCCUUGGUGACCAGUGCCGGGUCCGGAAGAAGAUGCGUGGUCUGGCGAGGCUUGUCCCCCGUGAGAUGAUGGAGGAUGAGGGCCUGGAGGUCAGGAGAGAAGGUUCUGGUUUGAUGGGUAGGGUGAGGCCCCUGUCCCAAGCCAGGGGCCUGGUGGUCAAAGAUGAACCCGCCCCCGCCCUCCCCCAGCCCCUCCUGGCUGCGUUUCUCAGGCUGACCAUUAGGGGGGGUCCCUGGACCACCUUUCCGGGCCUCUGGAUCUGGACGUGGGGACAACUUGGGCCCUUCCCAGACGGGGCUAAGAGGGACCUCGAGGAUCUCCCAGGAGACAGCAGAGCGCUCCUGUGCUCUGUGACCGAGUUUCUGAUGCCACUUCCUGAGUGAACCCCGGGGGGAGGUGGGGGUAGGAAGAAACCCCCCGGUAGAUGUGUGUCCCCUGUAAGCGGGGAGAGGGGACCCGCCGGUCGUGGCGGUCACAGCCGCUGGGGAAUGGAGCAGGCGGUUGGCUUGGUGAGCAGAGCUUGAGGGGGAGGAUAAUGGAGUCUCCCCCCACUUCACACCCCCCCAAGAAGGGAGCUUCCGCUUUUCAGGUUUUCCCAGAGGCUGUGCUGGGAGAGGGCUCGGCCCGGAGGGGGCAGUAGCCUCCCUUGAAAGAGGCUGCAAGGCCCUCAGCCAACCAAGAUGGCCCCGGGGAGGGGGGUCCUGGGGCGAGAGGCCCGGGGGUCUGAGGGCGGCUGAGCCCCACUCCCCACUCCAGAUACCUGUCCCUGGUCCCAGAGCUCCCCAGGCUCCUUUUUUUCCUUUCAUUUUCAAAUUAGAGGCCCCGCAAGGGCAAGCUUUUUUGUCUCCUGCUCUUUCCUUAAGCCCUGGGCUCCGAGGAGAAGGCCAAGGCCAGGCGGGGCCGAGCUACCAGGAGUGGCCCCGGGACAGCGGGGGAGGCCUGCAGCCUGGCCCUGUGGCCUCCGGGGCAGGGAGGCAGUUUGAGGCUCUCGGUUCAAGGCGGGACAAGGCCCGGAGCCCGGACGGUGUCGUGUGCUGGGCCCCGUGUGCGCGGUGUCCCGCCUGCGAGUGUGUGAGCCCCCCCGGGGCCCACCCAGAUCCCGGCGA